AUUUAUUGUAAAGGACAGACAUACAACCUACUCCACUGCCCAAAGAAGCCUUAUAGUGAUGCAAAUACUCCUUAGAGCAAAAUUCGACGAUACAGAUAAGGUAGGAAUUAGAAGGUUAUUAAAUGAUUACACCUACUUGUCGUGUUUCCCACUACACGAAGGACGUUGGGAUAAAGAGGAAGACAAUGGGACAAUACUCGACAGAAGGAUGCUGUAUUUGGAAUGGGCGAGACCGGCAAAAUGGUACAAGAAGCAACCCCUGAGCAUGGUCAGAAGAUAUUUUGGAGACAAGAUCGCCCUGUAUUUCUGUUGGCUUGGAUUUUAUACGAAAAUGUUAUAUGCGCCAGCUAUUGUUGGAACUCUCUGCUUUCUGUAUGGGUUGUGCACCAUGGAUGGUAAAGACAAUAUACCAAGUAAAGAAAUCUGUGAUCCGAAUGGACCAGGGAACAUAACGUUGUGUCCACAGUGCGACAAGGUCUGCACUUAUCAAAAACUGAUAGACAGUUGUAAAUUCGCAAGACUGACAUAUUUAUUCGACAAUCCUGCAACAGUGUUCUUUGCUAUUUUUAUGAGCCUAUGGGCAACCCUUUUCUUGGAGCUAUGGAGGAGAAAACAGAGCGUGAUUCAAUGGGAGUGGGACUUGGCAGGAGCUGAUACUGACGAAGAACCUCGUCCUGAAUUUGAAACCAGCGUGAAACAUUUUCGGACGAAUCCUGUUACAAAAGAUAAGGAACCAUAUUUACCCCUCUGGUCUAAGGCAUGGAGAUUUUUUGUUACAGGAAGUGCAGUAUUUUUAAUGUUGAUUACAGUAAUGUGUGCAGUUCUGGGCACCAUUAUAUACAGACUGUCACUCGUGUCUGUGAUAUAUGGGGGUGGCGGUUUCUUCCAGAAACAUGCCAAAAUAUUUACGUCUAUCACCGCUGCCGUUAUCAACUUGAUUAUCAUCAUGUUUUUAACUAGAUUUUACCAUAAAUUAGCGAUUUAUUUAACCAAUUUAGAGAAUCCAAGAACGCAGACUGAAUAUGAAGACUCAUACACAUUUAAAAUUUUCCUUUUUGAAUUCCUCAACUUCUACUCUUCUUUGAUCUACAUUGCUUUCUUUAAAGGUCGUUUCUUUGACUAUCCAGGGGACACAAUAAGUCGUUCGUCAGAAUUUUUAAGGGUCAAAGGCGACGUGUGUGACCCAGCCGGAUGUCUCAGUGAACUUUGUAUUCAGCUCGCUAUUAUUAUGAUUGGAAAGCAAAUGUUCAACAAUUUUUUAGAACUAUUUAACCCAAAAUUUUAUAACUGGUGGCGACAAAGGACUCACAGGAAUCAAACCAAAGAUCGGUCUAGGAAGCACACCAGGUGGGAGGAAGAUUAUCACCUGCAAGAUCCUGGACGUUUAGCUUUGUUUGAUGAAUAUUUAGAAAUGAUAAUACAAUAUGGUUUUGUAACACUCUUCGUCGCUGCAUUUCCCUUGGCUCCACUUUUUGCAUUACUAAACAAUAUUGCGGAAAUUCGAUUGGAUGCUUACAAAAUGGUAACGCAAGCAAGAAGACCCCUUGCAGAAAGGGUGGACGAUCUUGGCGCAUGGUAUGGCAUCUUAAGGGUGAUAACUUACGCUGCCAUCGUUUCAAAUGCCUUUGUCAUAUCAUACACCAGUGAGUUUAUACCACGAAUGGUAUACAAAUAUAAAUAUUCUAAUAAUACGGAUCUAGUUGGUUAUAUUGACUCGUCAUUGUCGGUAUUCAAAACUUCAGAUUAUGGACAAGGCAUGGGAGCUGAUUGGGAUGAAAAUAAUGUGCCCCCAGACACUUGUCAAUAUAGAGGGUACCGAAAUGGGCCUGGAGAACGUGACCCAUACGGAUUGAGUCCACAAUAUUGGCAUGUCUUUGCUGCCAGAUUGGCCUUUGUAGUUAUUUUUGAGCAUAUAGUUUUUGCACUAACAGGGAUAAUGCAAUACGUUAUACCAGGAAUACCAUCAGAAUUAAAAACUCAAAUACAAAGGGAAAGGCUGCUAGCUAAAGAAGCCAAAUUUGAACAUGGGUUAAAGAAAGAUUACGAAUCGGAUAUUUUAAGUGCCAUCAAAGAUACCGGUGAAACCAAAAAUGAUAAAAACUUAA